GCAAGCGAGGAGAUAAAAGAGGUGGCGUCGCGCCCCACUCGGUUCUCGCGUUCGCCGCUGCCCGCUCACGCCGCCGCCAUGGGCCGCAAAUUCUUCGUCGGAGGCAACUGGAAGAUGAACGGAAACAAGGAAAGCCUGAAGGAUCUGGCUAGCAACUUGAGCAAAGCCACGCUGCCCCCGGACACUGAGGUGGUGGUCGCCCCGCCCUCCAUCUACCUCAAGUACAUCCGGGAAGUGAUGGACGCCAAGAUCGGAGUGGCUGCUCAGAACUGCUACAAGGUGCCGAGCGGGGCCUUCACCGGGGAGAUCAGCCCCGCCAUGAUCAAGGACUGUGGAGCGGCCUGGGUCGUCCUGGGGCACUCGGAGCGGAGGCACGUCUUUGGAGAGUCAGACGAGCUGAUUGGACAGAAGGUUAGCCACGCCCUGGCCGAGGGCCUGGGGGCCAUCGCCUGCGUGGGGGAGAAGCUGGAUGAGAGGGAGGCAGGCUCCACUGAGAAGGUCGUGUUCGAGCAGACCAAGGUCAUUGCCGCCAACGUGAAGGACUGGUCGAAGGUGGUUCUCGCCUAUGAACCCGUCUGGGCCAUUGGAACCGGCAAGACGGCCACUCCUCAGCAGGCGCAGGAGAUCCACGAGAAGAUGAGGAAGUGGCUGAAGGAGAAUGUGGGCGAGGCCGUGGCCUCCAGUGUCCGCAUUAUCUACGGAGGUUCAGUGACAGCGGCCACAUGUAAGGAAUUGGCCGGGAUGCCCGAUGUGGACGGAUUUCUGGUGGGUGGGGCUUCGCUCAAACCCGAGUUCCUGGAGAUCAUCAAAGCGAAGCAGAAGUAGAGGAGGACCUGAGACCAGCGGCGCCGUCCAGGCCCUACCCCCGCGGGGGAGACUGGAUCCUCCCCUGUGCCGGGGGAGUGCCGAGCAGAGGGGGGCCUCCCUGGCAGCGGACCCCACCCCUGUGUGCCCUCUGACCUUGUGAUGUUACGCCACCACUUAAAUGUGUAGAGACUCCGA